AUGGGAGUUUGCCUCUGCAAGGACAAGGUCGAGGAAGGAUUCGCCAACGAUAGUAGCCGCGACUCGUACGUGGCCAACAAUAGCGAAGCCGGCCGGUUGGCCGGCGGCGGAGGAUCCGGUUCGAACGGGAAUCAUUUGCGCAACUGCUCCCGGUCCGACCGUCAGGUUUCACUAUCCGACACGGUCGACGAGCUGGUCAGGGAAACGCUCGAGAUAAUUGGUUCGAUUGUGGACAAUGAGCCGGAAACACCAAACUCGAUGGUUCAACUGCACGACAUAACGGACAAACCGUCUGGCUGGAUACAGCUGGUAAAGUCUCUCAUUCGCGUCGUUCCGCUAGACAAUCCGAUGGGCCCGAGCGUCAUCACGCUACUGUUGGACGAUAGCCCGCUACCAUCGAAGGAUUCGGUGCUCGAGGUGGCCGAUAUGAUAACACGAUCGAUCCGGCGUACCCCGAAGCGUGAACGGAACAUGUGCGUCAUCCUCGGCUUCCUGGCCGAACGGCUGGCCGGACCGUGUAGCAUCUCGGUGCUGUCGGAUGUUACGCUCGGUUAUCUACUGGGAAACUUGGAUGAAGGUAUCCAUCCGGAUGUGAUGCUAUUUUCGCUGAUCGCCCUGGAAAAGUUUGCUCAGACGAGUGAAAAUAAAGGAACCAUACGGCGGAAACUGGCGCUCUUUCCUGACAAUCCCCUAACGCGGCUUGAAAGGCACACGUCCAGCAACGAUUACACGCUGCGACAGGUUGGAUUCUGUGCCCGUUGGUGUCUCGACAAUUACUUCCUUAUCGAGGGUCGCCAGUAUUCGUAUGAGGUGGCCGAUGUGAGCAAUGUGAACGUUAUGUUGAACACGCGUGACGUGAGCGAAUACCUGAAGAUAUCGGCCGAUGGAUUGGAGGCCCGUUGUGAUGCCUAUUCGUUCGAAAGUGUUCGCUGCACGUUCCAGGUUAGUUCCGGCUGCUGGUACUACGAGGUGCGCAUCAUCACGCCGGGUGUAAUGCAGAUCGGAUGGGCCACAAAGGAGUCGAACUUCCUCAGCCACGAAGGCUACGGCAUUGGAGAUGACGCUUACUCGAUCGCGUUCGAUGGCUGCCGGAAGCUGAUCUGGCAUAGGGCAAAAUCGAUGCAACACACACUGCACGUCUGGUCGGGAGGGUCCGUUCUUGGCUGUCUGCUCGAUCUGGAUGCCCGCGAGGUCGUGUUCAGCUUGGACGGUAUCGUGGGCGAGGUGCAGAAGCAACUGUUCGGGUCCGGAGCGCGCGAUGGCUUCUUUGCGGCCGCCUCGUUCAUGUCUUUCCAGCAGUGUCGAUUCAAUUUCGGCUCCGAACCGUUCGUCUAUCCGCCGAAAAAUCGUCCUUUCAAAAGCUUCAAUGAUCAUGCCGUACUCAACGAGCAAGACAAGAUUGUUCUUCCGCGGCACCUUUUCCUAGAGCAACUGCGAAAACUGAGCGUCCGCGAAGACUCGUGUACGCUCUGUUUCGACAUGAAAGCUUCGGUACGGAUAGAACCGUGUCAGCAUCGUGGCUUCUGUACUACCUGCGCUGCCAUGCUGCAAUUCUGUCCAAUGUGUCGCGCAGAGAUCAUCAGCACGGUGCAGGAAGAGAUCGAACCCGAUAGCAGUCCACACUCGGAAGCUACGCAACCGAACGCCGGCGCGAAUGAUGGUCCGGCAAUGUGAGCCCAUAACCGUGCCGAACUUAUCUGAUUUUAUUCGUUCGUUUUUGUUCCAAUUCCAUUCUUCCCUGUUUCCUUUCAUCGAUACGAAAAGCAAUUGUGAUACUAUUCCUUAGAGAAAAAGAACCGGGUCGGCGUGUCGGUGGGCUCAAGUAAUAGUAAUAUUCCUGGACGGUAUUCACGAUCAUUGUCGUAACAUUUGCCGCGAGCGAAUGUUCGAGUACUUAGGCAACGUUGUCUUCUUCCAGUAAGCCUACACUGUUACUAUUUCGGAAUUGGUAUUUGGAUUGUCUUCCGUUGUAACGUAAAAAGUGAUCCGUAACUCGUCGUUGGGUGUGCCGUUUGCUUGUACGAUUCCAUACGGUUUUUAUGUUCGUUUCGUCGUGAUCUACGAGUUUACUCUAAGGAAAUCCAUUUUUGCCAUUAAAUGUUUUAAUUUUAUGUUUACAUCAGUCCCCCAAAUGUAUGUUAUAGUCACACCAUUGUUCAAUGACCAUUUACUGUACGCCUAGGCACAUUUCGAAGACAAUACCGAAUUAUGAGCUGAAACAACCUAUAACAAUCAUCACUGUAUUGGCGCCGAUAGAAGUUGAUCAAAGUCAAUGGAGUGCAGUGGUGCAGCAAGAAACUGCUGCUCUGCAUUUAGACAGGUUAUGUAGUUCUUUUAGAUCCUGUAGCAGUUUGACGCAUGCAGUUCGUGGUCCGUUUUCAAGACUAGGUUCCCGUUGUUUCUUAAUCCGGUCCACCUAAGAACACACAUGUUAAUUACACACACCGUAAAUCAUACUUGCACAGCAUACGCACGCACAGGAUGAAUUCUUGCAUUGCCGAUAUACAAGUUGUGCGAAUUCGUAAGUUCGUUAUUAAGUACGGAAUGCACUACUAUACGAAGUUAGGUAUACAGUCAGAAAACAGGUUCUAACAGGCCGUUGAUUGAUCGGGGCAACCGUGCUGAAAGAUCACUAAUGGUAGAGAUGUAUAAAUAGUCUAAUGAAUACGACUGAUAUAUUUUUGUACGUGCAAAUAGAAUGUUAGAAAGUAGUGUGUAAAAAAUAAAACUAACAUUACACCAGAAGAGCGUGUGGUACAUGCCAAGAGACAGAAGUUGA